UUGUACCAAUUUCUUUCCAAAAGUGUUUCCAAAACAAAGGUACAUGCAGAGCUAUUACAAUGGAAGAGGAACACUAAAAGAAUUGUAACAGUUGAAAGUUAAAUCUUUAAAUUCUUAUGUGAAAAUUCCAAAUUAAAACAUCAGUGACUCAGCUUGAUUAUUAUUGAAUUUCCUCUUGUUAUUUUCUUUUUAAACCACCUUUACUUCAUCAGUUCUUUCUUUCUGGUAGAAUAUUAUAAUUUUAAAUAGCUAACAUUUACUGAAUAUGUAAUUUUGUAUGCACCUAUGUCUGUUACUUGUGGUCUAUAGUGCUGGAUGUCUGGACGCUGAAAUAUAUAGUUUCUGUGCCUUUUAUAUAUCAAUAUUUAACAUUCUCCUCCUCACUCCUCAGAUUGAUUCAAAGUACUGGUGGGAGCUGUGGCAUUUCGUUUGAAGAAACUGUUCAUCAUGGACUGGUCAAGAAUGAGCUGGAGAGAGGCAGAGAGAAGACAGCACAUGAGUGUGGUACUCAUACACAAGAAUUAACUAUGGACGAUGAUAGCUCGCUUAGCACCACAUAUGAAUGUAGUAUGAGGGAAAAGGAAUUCAAUGUAUUUAGUUGUAAUUUCUGCCUACAGAGCUUUCCUUCAAAAUACAGACUCAUAAUGCAUGUGUUCAUGCACAUUGAUGGCAUGCAACCUCCUAUGUAUGUUUGCAAAUGGUGUGGUGAGGUAUUUCAGAGUAAUGUUAACUUGAAAAAACAUUUGAGAAUGGGUGAGAAUCGUCGAUUACUAACUGCUGGCAAUCAUGAGAGUGGCUGUAGUGGUGAACACUCAAACAGUGUCCUCUUAGGUAGUGAACCAGAAGAUUCUCCCACAGAACACACUGAGCAAUCUUCACAUAAGGAAUCUUUGAAGGCUACAGAAACGUUCUUAAAUGACACAUUUAACGCCCGCAUGACACAUGAUUCGGUGAAAUCGAGUGGUCAUAGAACUUUAUCUUCAGCUGGUGCCCACGCUUUCCUACUUGCCGCAAAGAGACCCCAUGAAUGUAAUAUUUGUGGCAAAUCGUUUGCUGUGCGAGGUAAUCUCAACAAUCACAAAUUAAUUCACACAGCAGAGAAACCUUACAAAUGUGAUACUUGCGGCAUUUCUUUUGCUAGGUCAGGUUACCUCAAGCGACAUAUUUUGUUACACACUGGGGAGAGACCCCAUGAAUGUACAAUUUGUGGCAAAUCAUUUGCUAGGUCAUGUCUUCUCAAGCGACACAGUAUGGUACACACUGGGGAGAGACCCCAUGAAUGUACAAUUUGUGGCAAAUCAUUUGCUAGGUCAUGUCUUCUCAAGCGACACAGUAUGUUACACACUGGGGAGAGACCCCAUGAAUGUUCUAUUUGUGGCAAAUUUUUUGCUACUUCACAUUAUCUCCAGAAACAUUCACUAAUUCACACUGGAAAGAAACAUUACAAAUGUAAUAUUUGUGGCAAAUCGUUUUCUGCGUUCGGUAAGGUCAAGAGACAUUCAUUAAUUCACACUGGAGAGAAAAGAUACAAAUGCGAUAUUUGUGGCAAGUUUUUUGCUAGGUCAGGUUAUCUUAAGCAACAUACAUUCAUACACACUGGGAAGAGACCUCACAAAUGUAAUAUUUGUGGCCAAUCUUUUGCUUGGUCAAUUUGUCUCAAGAGACAUGCAUUUAUUCACACUGGAAGGAAAUCUUACAGGUGUAAUAUUUGUGGCAAAUUUUUUGCUAUUUCAUGUUAUCUCCAGAAACAUUUAUUGAUUCACACAGGACAGAAACCUCACAAAUGUAAUACUUGUGGCAAAUCUUUUGCUGAGUUGGGAAAGCUCAAGAGACAUGCGUUACUUCACAUCAGAAAGAAGCCACAAUGAAGUAUAACCUCAAGCUGAUUGUUGUCUCUGGUUGGUGCCCUGAAUGCCUAUAGAAUAAAGAAUAUUGCAGACACACAUUAAAUUUGUGAUGCCUGUAAAAUAACAUUAAAAUGUGCUAGAACUGUGAAAAUUAUGCAACAAUGUCUACUAUACAGGGGUCACAGAUAGUGUGACAAUAUAAAAAUCCUUAACAUGAAGUGUGAUGAAUUUGCAGUACCAAACUGUAGACAGAAAUGUCAUUUAUGCUGCUGUUUUUCCUAUUGGACAAAUCCUUAAGCUAUGUCAGUAAUUAUAAGCACCACAAAGUAUUCACUGUAACCCAAAGGAAUUGUGAUGCAUUUGCUUGUUAAUCGAAAAAAUAGUUAUUAUAUGACACAUGCAGCUCUGCAUUAUAUGUUCAGUGACAGCAAAAUAUAUUCACAGCACAUUCUUCAUUCAGUCUGGUAAACUAAACUGGAGAUUAUUGGGAUUGAUGACCCGAUAGCUUGGUCCCUUUACUCCCCAAACCAGCCAACCAGAAAUGAUUAUGGCAAUUAUGUUAUUCAGGUAUGCUUUGUCAAGAGAUGUGCAUUGUAUGCAAUUAAUAGUAUG